AUUAGCGUUGUUAAACCAUUUUCCUUUUGCCAGGUGUCAUUCUUAUAUCGACUGUUAAACUUCAAUAUUAAUAUGUCGCGUAAAGUGACGCCGGAAGAGCUUUCAGCGCUCUGCGACGCUCUUCGCGUUCGUGUGCAGCAGCGUAAUAACGGUGAAUAUGAGUUUAUCCAAGCGUUCGACGAGGUAAUGGAAUCUUUGCGUCCAAUUUUCUUGGAAGACGUGAGAUAUCUCGAUGUGUUGGAACACCUGUCAGAACCCGAGCGAGUUGUUAUGUUCCGUGUUCCCUGGACAACUGACUCUGGCGAUAAGAUGUUCAACCGUGGAUUUAGGGUACAAUUCAAUUCAUGUCUGGGUCCUUACAAGGGAGGACUUCGUCUUCAUCCAUCCGUAAACAUUAGUAUUUUAAAGUUCCUCGGAUUUGAACAGAUAUUUAAGAACAGCCUUACGGGUUUGAAUAUGGGUGGUGCCAAGGGAGGCUCUGAUUUCGAUCCUUCUGGGAAGUCAGACAAUGAAAUUAGGAAUUUCUGCCAGUCCUUUAUGACUGAGCUUCACAGGCACAUCGGUCCCGAUACCGAUAUUCCUGCUGGCGAUAUAGGUGUUGGUGCUCGCGAGAUCGGUUACCUCUUUGGGCAGUACCGUAGACUCCACAACGGUUUUGACGGAGCACUUACCGGAAAGGGUUUGCAAUGGGGAGGCUCCAAUAUUCGACCUGAAGCCACCGGCUACGGCGCUGUAUACUUUGGCUGCGCAGUCCUUGAAGAUAUAUUUAAGGACACCAUUGCUGGAAAGCGUUGCAUCGUGAGCGGUAGUGGCAAUGUAGCUCAGUACACUGUCGAAAAGCUGAUAGAACUUGGAGCGGUGCCAAUUACUAUGAGUGACUCUAGUGGAUACAUUAUAGAGCCAGAGGGUAUAACUCUUGAGGGACUUCGAUACAUCAUGGCAUUCAAGAACCCACACAGCCGUAGGAUCAGUGAGUAUUUGAAUUACUCUAAAACUGCAACUUUCCACCCUGGUGAUAAACCAUGGGGAGAAUCUGCGGAUAUAGCAUUCCCUUGUGCAACUCAGAAUGAAAUUUUACUUCGUGAUGCCGAAACACUGGUUAAGGGUGGUGUUAAACUCGUGGUUGAGGGUGCUAACAUGCCAACACAUUCAGAAGCUGUGCACUAUCUUAAGGAAAAUGGUGUAAUUUUGUGCCCUGGGAAAGCUGCUAAUGCCGGUGGUGUCUUGGUUAGCGGUUUGGAAAUGGCUCAAAACAGUCAACGUGUGCAGUGGACUCGUGAGAAGGUGGGUACUAAGCUUAAGGAGGCCAUAUAUAACAUCUACGCCCAAUGCAAAGCGGCGUGUAAUAGGGUCAAUGCCGGCUGUGACCUUGUAGCCGGUGCCAACAUUGCUGGAUUCCUCAGGGUGGCUGACGCCUUCAUUGAUCAGGGUUAUAUUUGAUAUUUUACCGAAUAAAGGCAAUAUUCGGCCGUAACGGAUGUCACACUAUAUUAAAACAUACCGGGAAAAUGAAGCAGUAUUUUUACAACCAAGUUUUUGUUAUAUGUUCUCGUCUUUUAAAGCGAUGAAAUGGGAGCAGAAUAAUUCGUUCUUUAAAAAA